AAGGUGACCGGAGUGAGGGAGAGAAGGAAGUCGCCGCCGCCAUGUUGUCUGUGGCUGCCCGCUUCGGGCCGUUCGCCCCGUACCUGACGGCUGUCGGGCAUGCCGUGCCGGGUCCGCUGAAACCUCUGGCGCCGGCGUUGGCGCCGGCGGCCGCGAAGCUGCCUCCGGUGGACGGCAAGCGGCCUCUGCUCUGCCAUGAGUCGCUCCGCGGCCAGGCGGCUCGAGGGGGCCUCGUCGCCACCGCCAGCCUCAACGCUCCUGCUAGCAUUCGUUAUGUCCACAAUGAUGCCACUGUCCCAGACUUUUCUGAAUAUCGUCACCCUGGUGUAUUGGACAGCACAAAGUCCUCUCAAGAGUUCAGUGAAAACAGAAAAGCUUUCUCCUACUUCAUUACAGCAGCAAGUGGUGUGGCUGUGGCAUAUUUUGCCAAGAAUGCUGUACAUAAGUUUGUCGCCAGCAUGAGUGCUUCUGCUGAUGUGUUGGCCAUCUCAAAGGUUGAGAUCAAGCUGGACAAUAUUCCAGAAGGCAAGAAUAUGGUGUUCAAGUGGCGAGGGAAGCCCAUCUUUGUGCGUCACCGAUCCCAAAAAGAGAUUGAGCGAGAGUCCGAGGUGCCUUUGACGGAGCUGAGAGAUCCACAGCAUGAUUUAGACAGGGUAAAGAAGCCUGAGUGGCUUAUACUGAUAGGUGUGUGUACCCAUCUUGGUUGUGUACCUAUUGCUAAUGCUGGAGAGUAUGGUGGCUAUUACUGCCCAUGCCACGGGUCGCAUUAUGACGCAUCUGGCAGAAUCCGUAAAGGCCCAGCUCCUGCCAAUCUUGAGGUUCCAAACUAUGAAUUCGUUGAGGAAGAUUUAGUUGUUGUGGGUUAAAUUUCUGGACACUUGCCUCUAAAUGUUUCAUGCACACAUUAAGGGAAGAGGCUGUUGUACUGUAAACAGGAGUCAAAUCGUAUGACAUUGCUGGCUGUUCAAAGUUACUGUUCAACAAUGCCUUGUUUGCAUACUUGGCCAGUUUUAAUAAACUGAUGUCCUGUAAUAAGAUAAA